CGGGCCGCCGAGCCGGCAGCUGCCGCGCAUAAAAGUCAUGGGGCUGGGGGGCCGGCGGGAGCGCCAUGAAGGCCGGCGGCGGCGCCGCAUCCGACCCGGAGAGCGGCGGCAGCAGCAGCGAGAGCAGCUCGGAUAAGUCCCUGCCCCCCGCCGGGGGCCCGGGCAAACGCAAGCGGAAGAGCCCCCGGCUGAGCGGGCUGAGCAAGCAGCGGCAGGCGGCCAACGCCCGGGAGAGGGACAGGACCCACAGCGUCAACUCCGCCUUCAGCGCGCUCCGCACGCUCAUCCCCACCGAGCCCGCCGACCGCAAGCUCUCCAAGAUCGAGACGCUGCGCCUGGCCGCCAGCUACAUCGCGCACCUGGCCAACGUGCUGCUGCUGCAGCAGGGCGAGGAGGCGGAGCAGUCGUGCCUGCAGUACCAGCCCCGCCUGCAGGGCGGCAGCACCGCGGCGGCGCCCCGGCCCAUCUGCACCUUCUGCCUCAGUAACCAGAGGAAGCUGAACAGAGAAGGGGAGAAACACUUGUCUGUUUAAAGUUUAAGUGGACGUUGAAUCAGAUGAGAAUCUUAUACUGACUGUAGAACUGUUUUAGAUAACUUCUCUUUAUUCACACUGUUUACACUGAAAUUAUGCAACUGUAAAAACUUUUUAAACUA